CUUAAAAUUUAGCUAUAUUUAAAUUGUAUUUUGAAAAAAGACCUAGCUCAAACAGGCACUUUAUUACCCACCUCUGGGGUCCUGAGAAGGGACAUUGCCGCGGAGGAGUCUGGGAUUCUUCCUUUCUAGCCUGGGCUCGUAAUCUGCAAACAUGGGAAAGUGUCGCGGUCUGCGUACAGCCAGGAAGCUGCGUAACCAUCGUCGUGAACAGAGAUGGCAUGAUAAACAGUACAAGAAGGCCCAUCUCGGCACUGCCCUGAAGGCUAACCCCUUCGGAGGCGCUUCCCACGCUAAGGGAAUCGUACUUGAGAAAGUAGGUGUUGAAGCUAAGCAGCCCAACUCUGCCAUUAGGAAGUGUGUCAGGGUCCAACUCAUCAAGAAUGGCAAGAAGAUCACUGCCUUUGUCCCAAAUGAUGGUUGCUUGAAUUUCAUUGAGGAAAACGACGAGGUUCUGGUGGCAGGAUUCGGUCGUAAGGGACAUGCCGUCGGUGAUAUCCCCGGUGUCCGUUUCAAGGUGGUCAAAGUGGCUAACGUCUCCCUGCUGGCCCUUUACAAAGGCAAGAAGGAGAGACCCAGAUCUUAAACAGUUCUUACUGUGAAAUCAAUAAAUUAUGUUUUCACAAUU